GCAUUGGUCCCCAAACAGAGUAAGUACCAUAACAGCAACCUGAGAGCCGAUUUCUAACCCCUCGAUCUAUUCCCAUUUUAUGAGGCUCUUUCGACACCUAAAUCUCACUUUCUUCACCGUUAAUCUAUAAUACAGAUAAUAUAAAAUAAUAAAAUAUACAUAACAUGGUAGCAUUUUCAACUUUCAAUUUCUCUCAAGAUUUGUAAUGCUCUGACUCUCCCAAUAUACAUACAUAGAUAUACACAAUUAUAUACACACACAAGCAUGGCAAUGGAAGGGACCCAAUCUCUACACAAUGGGUCGUCGUCGGAGGUUCAGCACAACCAAUCUUCGCCUCGCAAAUCUACGCCUCCCCCAGGCAACGAGAGGACAACUCAUAUGAGGUUCCUUUUAUCAAAUGCUGAAGCUGGAUCUGUUAUUGGAAAAGGUGGCUCCACUAUCAAUGAUCUCCAGUCACAAUCUGGAGCACGAAUUCAGUUGUCGCGCAAUCUUGAUUAUUUUCCAGGAACAGCUGAUAGGGUAGCCAUGGUGUCCGGAACUAUUGAUGACACGCUGAAGGCAAUUGAUCUCAUUCUUACUAAAUUGCUUAAUGAGUCUUAUGUGGAAGAUGGCACUAAGGUUGACCCACAAUCCAAAAUUAGAUUGAUAGUGCCCAGCGGCUCUUGUGGUGGAAUAAUUGGGAAGGGUGGAGCCAUCAUAAAGUCAUUGAUUGAGGACUCUCAAGCUGGCUUAAAGAUAUCUCCGCUCGCUGAUAUUCACUUUGGGUUGCAUGACAGAAUAGUAACAGUGACUGGUACUUUAGGAGGUCAAAUCCGUGCCAUCGAGCUGAUCCUACUGAAAUUGGUAGAAGACCCACAUUAUCAACAGUCUGCAAGUGCUCCAUUCCCGUACGCAGCAGUGGCAUAUAACGGGAUGAGCUAUAAACCAAAUGGAGUUGGAGGGAAGUAUCAAGACAACAGAGUUGAGAACAAGGAAGAUAGAAAUAGUUCCGUGACUAUUGGUGUUGCGGAUGAGCAUAUAGGACUAGUUGUUGGCCGCGGUGGAAGGAGUCUCAUGGAGAUCAGCCAGCUUAGUGGAGCUAGGAUAAAGAUAUCUGAUAGGGGUGAUUUCAUGGUCGGGACAUCUGAUAGAAAAGUUACAAUCACAGGGCCCCAAAGAGCAAUCCAUAUAGCUGAGUCCAUGAUAUCUAGAAAAGUUGCUUCAGUUUCUGAGAGGUGAUGGAAUAAUUCUCUAUUUUGGCAAAUGGAGGGUUGGAAUUUGGUUGACCAAAGAGAGGCAUUGCAUCAAGAUGACAUGAAAUCUUAUGAAGAUAGAUUGAGGAUAGACCAAAUAUAAGAAAUCAUACCAAUUGUUAGAAUCUGGUGUGCUAAGCUUAUUUGUUAAAUCCUAGGAUUAUACUGAAAUUUUCAGAGCACUUUGAACAUUGCAAUUCUUUCAAUUAUGCUAUGAUGGAUAAAAUUGUAGUUUUCCUUUUUACAAUUAUAUUUGUUAUAUGCCUGUAUUUCACUUGGCUUGUUAA